AUGUCCAAGGGCUCCAAGUACCUGCUGGUGUCGCUGCCGACGUCCAUCUCGCCCAGCAACCAUGUCGACGAAGCCCUGACGGCCCUGCGCUCCACCGUCACCAAUGACGUUGGAUCCACCUACCCGUUCGCGAUCCCCGAAUUCAAGAUUGGUACCCUCGAUGCGCUGGUACAGCAGGCCGAUGAGCUUGCGAAGCUUGAGGCUGCCUGCCACGGUGUCGUAGGCAAGGUGGGGGACAGCCUGCGCACAAUCUUGGACGGAGACGAGGACAAGGUGCAGCAGCAGAAGACGAUCAACGACAAGCCCGUGGAGCAGUACCUGCGCACGUUCCAGUGGAACAAAGUAAAAUACCGCGCAGACAAGCCCAUCGCAGACCUGAUCGACCUGCUGCAGAAGGAGAUACAAGGCAUCGACAACGACGUCAAGGCCAAGUUCAGCCAAUACAACCAGACCAAGUCCGCCCUCGCCGCAGCAGAACGCAAAAAGACUGGAAACUUGGCCACCAAGUCGCUUGUUUCGGUAGUCAACCCCAAUUCACUGAUCCGCGACUCGGAGUAUCUCGACACACACCUCCUCGCCAUUCCUAAUGUAGUGGUCAAGGACUUCUACAAGUCGUACGAAGAGCUCACACCCAUGGUCGUUCCGCGCUCCGCCAAUCAGCUGGCAAAGGACGAUGAGUUCACGCUGUUCGCCGUCACCACUUUCAAAAAGUAUUCGACUGAGUUUGUGCACAAAUGCAGAGAGAAGCGGUGGACACCUAGAGAAUACAAGUACAAGGAAGGCGGCAAGGAAGAAGAAGCCAAGGAGGCAGACCAGUUGACCCGGGAUGCACAGAAGCAAUGGGGUGAGGCCCUGAGAUUGGGGAGGACGGGUUACAGCGAGAGCGCCAUGAUCUGGAUCCACGUGCUUGCAUUACGCGUCUUUGUCGAGACAGUGCUGCGGUAUGGCCUGCCGCUGGACUUUGUCUGCGGUCUCAUUCAGACGGACGCCAAAGCUGCGAAAAAAGCAAAGACAAAUCUCGACACAAGCUACUCUUACCUGGGUGGCAAUGCUCUUGGCCGCGACAACAAGGGUCGGGUCAAGAAGGACGACUCUGCUUUGACAGCUGAAAUGCAAUCAUCCGGGCAUGCUGGUGAUCAAGAGUACACGGCAUACGUUUACUACGAGUUUGAGAUUGUAUAG